UACACUGUGCUACGGUGUGGAAUCACAGAGAAAAAGCCUACCACAAGUGUGGACGGACAGCCUACUUUUAUAUUUGUUGUGGUGUGUUUGUGUGCAGUGAUACAAAGGAAUCAGAGAGGGGGACACUUUAGGACACAGAGGGAUCCGCCAGGCAGCAGCGUGACGACAUUCUGGAGGACACGGAGAGAGAGAGGAUGACGUCAGAUUGCUGCAGGUUUGAAUAGAAGACCAGCUGCAAAACCUGUCGUGGUGAGUUAUGUGCAAUUGUGGCUUCACUAGAAAGCGUAAUUGCAAGUGAGAUUUAAACAAAUACAACAAUUGAGCACUUGACAAUAACGUCUAACGGCAGCUGAAGUUUGGGACAAAAAAAAAAAAAACAGGCACAUGCCGUCACUGUUUACCGUAAAACGGGGCUGUACAAACUUUUUUCAGUGAGAGCCACAUCCUGAAAAAUAAAAGGAUGCAAGGGUCACCUUGAUAUUUUGUAAACCAACACAUGUUGAUAUGCUAAGAAAAUUAUAUACAGUGGUAUGAAAAUGUUUUUUCGACCCUACCCGAUUCCUGGGUUUUUUUUGCACAUUUGUCACGCUAAAACGUUUCAGAGCAUCAAACAAAUUGAAAAAUUAGUCAAUGACAACACAACUGGACACAAAAUGCAGCUUUUAAAUGAAACUUUUUAUUUUUAAGGGAGAAAAAAAUCCAAAGCUACAUGGCCCUGUGUGAAAAAGUGAUUGCCCCCUAACCUAAUAACUGGUUGAGCCACCCCUAGCAGCAACAACUGCAAUCAAGCGUUUGUGAUAACUUGCAAUGAGUCUCUUACAGCGCUGGGGAGGAAUUUUGGCCCACUCAUCUUUGCAGAAUUGUUGUCAUUCAGCCACAUUGGACGGUUUUCCAGCAUGAAGCGCCUUUUUAAGGUCAUGCUACAGCAUCUCAAUAGGAUUCAGGUCAGGACUUUGACUAGGCCACUCCAAAGUCUUCAUUUUGUUUUUGGUGGACUUGCUGGUGUGUUUUGGAUCAUUGUCCUGCUGCAGAACACAAGAUGGUUUCAGCUUGAGGUCACCAACAGAUGGCCGGACAUUCUCCUUCAGGAUUUUUUUGGUAGACAGCAGAAUUCAUGGUUCCAUUUAUCACAGCAAGUCUUCAGGGCCCUGACACAGAAAAACAGUCCCAGACCAUCACACUACCACCACCAUAUUUUACUGUUGGUAUGAUGUUCUUUUAAGUGUAACAAACAUUCAAAAAAUAAGAAAUCAGGAAUGGGGCAAACACUUUUUCACACCAAUGUAAAUACAACACAAGACAAUGUAACAAUAUCAACAAAAUAAUACAAUUAUGUCAUUUCAUGACAUACAAUUGUUUGAGCAAAAUAGAGCCAACAGUGCAAAAUAAGUAAACAAAAGCAAAAAUCUUUGGCUUUUUGCCAAACUUAAACUUACAGUAUUUCCUGAUUCUAUAAACAUCAUAUAAUAAUAUCAGCAAUAUAACCAAAAGAACAACGCAACAAAAAACACUGAAAACAGAGAAAAUAACAGAAAAAUAUAAAUCUAACUGACACUACCCAUGGUAUCACUACUGCCAGGAGACUGUAGAUCCGCCCAUCCUUAGUUGCUAUGCAGGUAAGAAAUGUUGGUUGUUUUGCACACACACACGUGCGUCAUUUCCAGACAGGCACCCUCUCCACCUUAUACUGACUCCACCCUGCACCCCUCACUCACGCAGAGGGGCGCAGAGGAGGACCAUCAGACCGAGGACGGACGUUCUGGCCAUGAGGAUCUUUCUCUGCUAUGAUGAGUCCUGGGAGUCUUUUGAUAUCCCUGCAGGUCAGACUGUCGGAGCCAUUAAGCAGAUGGUGAAGGACUCCUUUCUUGUGCAUACAAGCAAUGACAACCUGCAACUGAGCUAUGGCGGCGCAGCACUCCACGACUGUUGGGCCCUGUGUGACGUCGGCAUCUCAAGUGGCAGCGCCAUAAAAUGCCUCGUAAAGAGUGAUCAGAAGCCGAUGUUGUAUGUGUUUAACGCUGUGACGGGAGAAACAUUUCCAGUCAUGGGAAGUACGUGUCUUCUAAAAAUGUCCGUGUCUCAACUGAAAACGCACGUGUCUGCACAGAGUGGACUACCCAUCAGUGUCUUUAGACUCACUACACCUGCUGGAGUUCAGCUUUAUGACUGCAACACUCUGCAAGACUAUGCCAUCGGAGUGGGUGCAAUCCUUCGUUUGGAUACAUGGGAUGGGUGGGUGGAGUACCUCCAGGGUUGCCUCCUUGGCCACAGAGUCACAGUCCAGAGUCAAAUAUCACAGGAGAAGCCUGUAUUGAGAUUUCAGCUGCGGGUGGCGCUCUACAUUGCAGCCUCUUUCGGUCACCUGGAGCUGGCGGAUUGGCUGCUGGAAAAGGGGGUGCAUGCCGAUCAACCAGUGGGGGUCCAUCCGUACCGCCAGUGGUGCCACCAAACUGCCCACCCAGACACAAGCAGAUGCCCCGUCCAUGUAGCUGCGGAAAGCAGUCAGCUUCUCAUCCUCAAGCUCUUUAUCACGAAGAACAUUUUAACCUUGGCUUGUCGGGACCUUGCAGGACGUGACCCGUUGAGAAUUGCCGUUCAGCAUGGCCACAGGGAGUGUGUGCGCUACUUAGCUGAAAAGCUAUGCUCAAUCAUUUCUCUGCAAAAUAUGUCCCUGUCCGUGCGUGUCUACCUUCAGAUGAAGCGCUGGUUACGGUUGGUGCAGCAGAGGAUGGCCUCCGGUCCAUACCAGAGCACCUUUCCUUGCAAGGUGCUGUUGGUAGAUGGCUUCACUACGCCAAAGAUGUCCUCCAAACCCAAGAGAGCAAGAACCAAACCAUCCCAACUCUCCACAAGCAAGACAUUACCACGUCUUCAUAGCAAGCUGCUGGUCAAACCUGCGGUCUUUAUUACUAAGAUGCAAAAUCCAAAAAAUCCAAAGCAAAACCAAAAUGUUAGUGCACCGGGCGACGUGAGUGACGGACUGGAGUUUUCACUCCCACCUCUCACCCGGCAAGCAUUUGUUGGCGCAUCACCAAGCUCCGACCGUUUCUAUACUGCAGCGUUGCACCCAAAAGGCCCAACGCCCAGAGAAAAUGCAAUACACUGCUUGACCAUGGCCAGUACCUUCACAGAGAAGUCUUGGUCCAAGCAGUUGAGCAUCGCACGGACGCUUGCCAGGAAGCAUAUCCACAGCCAGGUUUGAUUCUGCAGUCUCAUGCAAAUCAGUCAGUUGGAUCACGGGUACAAGAGGAUGUUCCGUCUGAUAUGACACAUGCAACACAGUGGACGAUGAAGAGGUCCUUCAGGAGGACAACUGAGAAUUUGACCUCAGGCUUAGACUGUUGACGAUGAGAUGAUGACUCCCCAAUAUUUUAUCUUUCUUUUUGAGACACAAGGGGUAUGCUAUUAUGGAUUAUUUGACAACAAUUUAACGAAGGGCUGGUAUUAAUCACUGCCUUAUUGCCCUUGCUGUGUUGUGCAUCUGCUUGCAAGUUUUUCAGCAUGUAAAAUAAAGGUCUGUUUCUGAAUAAUAAAUACAAUA